GGUAGUCGCGGGCGAGAGGCGGCCAUGGGGCGGCCGGCGGGGCUGCUGGUGCUGGUGCUGGCGGGGGCGCUGCGGGCGGGGGCGCUGGAGCCGGUCAGCACCGCCGUGGCCAUCGGGGCGGCCUCCGUCCUCACCGGGUUCCUGGCCAAGCCCCGCUUCUUCUGCGCCUUCCUGGAGUGCUGCCCCCCCGACGACCACCGGCCCGACCCCGCAGCCCUGCAGCAGUCCCUGGACGAGAGGCUCUUCGGGCAGCACGUGGGCCAAGAGGUCAUCCUGAAGGCGCUGACCGGCUUCAUCCAGAACCCCAACCCCAAGAAGCCGCUGGUCCUCUCCCUGCACGGCUGGGCUGGGACGGGCAAGAACUUCGUCAGCCAGAUCAUCGCCGAGAACCUUUUCCCGGCCGGGCUGAAGAGCAAAUUCGUGCACCUGUUCCUCUCCACGCUGCAUUUCCCCCACGAGCACCUGGUCCCUCUCUACAAGGACCAGCUGCAGAAAUGGAUCCGGGGUAACAUCAGCGCCUGUGGGAAGUCCGUCUUCAUCUUUGACGAAAUGGAUAAGCUGCACCCGGGGCUGAUCGACGCCAUCAAACCCUUCCUGGAUUACUACGAGCAGAUCGACGGCGUGUCGUACCGGAGAGCCAUCUUCAUCUUCCUCAGUAAUGCGGGAGGCGACCUGAUCACGAGAGUCGCACUAGAGUUUUGGAGGAGUGGCCGGGAGAGGGAAGAGAUCCAGCUGAAAGACUUGGAAGGGGUCCUCUCUUUGGGAGUUUUCAACAACCGGAACAGUGGCUUGUGGCACAGCAGCCUGAUCGACCGGAACCUCAUCGAUUACUUCGUGCCUUUCCUUCCCCUGGAGUACAAGCACGUCAAAAUGUGUAUCCGGGCGGAGAUGAAAUCCCGCGGCAACUUCAUCGAUGAAGAGAUUGUCGAAAAGGUGGCCGAGGAGAUGACCUUUUUCCCCAAGGAGGAGAAGAUCUACUCGGACAAAGGCUGCAAAACCGUGCAGACUAAGCUGGACUUCUAUUAAGGAUUUCUAUUUUUUUAAGGGCCCCCCAAAACAGGGGGAAGAAAAUACGUGUGACCAUUUCUGCUGUUUAUGCACAUUUUUUUAAAAACAAAAAAGAGGCAAGUCUCUGCAUAGGCACUUUUUAAAAAGUUUGGGGAGGUUUUCUUCACAGCCCGUGGAAGCUUUUUUUGGGGGGGGAUCGUUCCUUCUUCCUCAGAUGUGGUCACCCCGAAAACAUUGCUCUGGGCAUCUUCCACUGUGCUGCACUGUUUAACACUCACUAAUGGGUGUAGAAGAUAUAAUCCCAUCUACUGGAGGAGAAUUGAAGAGAGUUACUCCAUGUGAUUAUUCCUAACAGUCUGGCUGAACUCAACAGAGGUCUCCAGCUGACCAUUUAUGAACUAAAACCACUAAAUGUUGUUACAUGAGGUCUGUCUUCCUAUCUCACCCCAGGCACCCCCCCACCCCCCCAAUGCCUUUUUGAGAAUUUCAGGUUAGAGAAAGGUCAAAACUAGUGUGUGCCUUCUUAGGUCAAUAUUGAUGAGUGUCACGUUGUUGAGAUUGUGUUAAUUCAGGGUAUCUCGUAGGCCAAUUUGAUCCAAUAGUUCCUAAGCCUCUUGAGAAUAUGCUCAAGGUCCUGUUCCAUCCUGGGGGGGGGGGGGGAUAGUUUCUCCUUUAUCUGACAAUCAUUCUUGUCUCGGGAUCAAACUCCUGGUCCUCAUGAAGUUUACGGAUGGAAAAAUAGCUCAGAAGCCUCUUGGAGGGGUGCAGCUAUGCUGAAGGACCCAUCCAUUUUGGGGAGGGGGGAGGGAGAAAGAGUAUAAGCCUUCCCUUUACCUGCCAGUCAUCUUUUUCUCUGGGCCAAGCUUCCAGUCCUCAUGAGGUUUGCACAGAAGUUGAUUUUCCUAUGCAUGGGCUACUAAGAAUCCAGAUUUGGUGGUGGUGGAGUUGCAACUGCAGUGGUCACUAACUCAACUUUCUGUGGUUCGCACACCUACCUAAAAUUAAACAACGGGGCAAAUUGGGUGUGUAAUUUUCUUAAGCCAUCUCACUUUUUUUUAACAGAAGCAGCUUUAAAGAAAUGUAUUUUUUAAUGACUGUUUUAUAUGUAGAACACUAGAGUUUAUUAUAUGAUUGAAUGAAAAAUAAUAAAUGAGUGAUGAAAAAGA